GCCACUGUUCGCUAGCUCUAGGCGCGAACAACUUACACGGUCACUCAACUGACCAGUGACCACUCAAGUCACAGAAGAAUUCUCAUUGCUUCGCCAGCUCUAGGCGCGGUCUAGCUAGCUACCAGCAAUGGCGUCCAGGCAGACCUUCGCCUGCUACACCAUGGCCCUGCUGUUCGCUGCGGCUGCUGUCUCGGCGCAGCUCUCCACCGACUUCUACGACGACACAUGCCCCGACGCGCUCGACAUCAUCGAGUCCGCAGUGAGAGCUGCCGUCUCCAAGGAGUCCCGCAUGGGGGCCUCCCUCCUCCGCCUCCAUUUCCACGACUGCUUUGUCAAUGGCUGUGACGGGUCAGUGCUGCUCGACGACGCACUGGGCUUUACCGGCGAGAAGACGGCGCAGCCGAACAAGAACUCUCUCCGCGGGUUCGACGUGGUUGACGACAUCAAGGCGCAGCUCGAGGACGCAUGCAACCAGACAGUCUCCUGCGCCGACAUCCUCGCAGUCGCCGCCCGCGACUCCGUCGUCGCCCUCGGCGGUCCUACGUGGGACGUGGAGCUCGGCCGGCGGGACGGGACGACGGCGAACCUGGACGACGCGAACAACGACCUCCCAGCGCCGACCCUGGACCUCGGUGACCUCAUCAAGGCCUUCUCCAAGAAGGGGCUGAGCGCGAGCGACAUGAUCGCGCUGUCGGGCGGACACACGAUCGGGCAGGCGCGGUGCGUCAACUUCCGCGGCCGCCUCUACAACGAGACCGCCAGCCUGGACGCGUCGCUGGCGUCGUCGCUGAAGCCGCGGUGCCCGGGCGCGGCCGGCAGCGGCGACGACAACACGUCGCCGCUGGACCCGGCCACGUCCUACGUCUUCGACAACUUCUACUACAGGAACCUGCUGCGGAACAAGGGCCUGCUCCACUCGGACCAGCAGCUCUUCAGCGGCGGCGGCUCCGCGGACGCGCAGACCACCGCCUACGCGUCCGACAUGGCUGGCUUCUUCGACGACUUCCGCGACGCCAUGGUGAAGAUGGGCGCCAUCGGCGUGGUCACUGGGUCCGGGGGGCAUGUUAGAGUGAACUGCCGGAAGACGAACUAACUGAUCGCGAUCGGUGUCAGGCUUCGACGUUUCGUACUGUCAGCUGUCACGAUGGAGUGAUCAGUACGUGUCUGGUCUGCGCAGAGUUACUGCUCCUUCUAUGAUGGCGUAGUCUGCUUCGAACGGUUGUAGUACUACCUUUUACAGGAAUAAAAACGAAGGAUAAGACCGGUCUUGGAUCCC